CAGCUUCCUUUCAGCGGUAGACCGUUGUCUCGCGCACCACUAAGCGCUUUUUGUUGUGAGACGCAGAGGGUUGCGGAGUCAUGGGUAAGCUUAAGGAAUUCGAUAUUACUUUCACCAACAACAAAGUGGUCUACAGCCCUGGCGAAUCCAUAAGUGGGUCUGUGAAAAUUACAACCGGUACCUCACUGCAAUAUAAGGCCAUUAAGGUGAACUGCCUGGGAUCAUGUGGGGUCUCCAACAAAAUGAACGACAUGUCAUGGACACUGGAAGAGCAAUACUUCAGCAGCACACUGUCUGUAGCUGACAAAGGUACACUGGCAGCUGGCGAGCACAGCUUCCCUUUUCAAUUUCUCAUUCCAGUGGCUGCCCCGACCUCCUUUGAAGGGCCCUUUGGGAAGAUUGUUUACCGUGUGAGAGCCAUCAUAGACACACCUCGCUUCUCCAAGGACUACAAGGCCCAGAGGCCCUUCUACCUACUUAACCUGCUCAACCUCAACCAAGUGCCCAACAUUGAACAACCCAGUUAUGCUGUGACCACUAAGAGGUUCAGCUACCUCCUGGUGAAGACGGGCACCCUCAUGAUGAAGGCUUGCAGUGACCAGAGGGGAUACACACCAGGCCAGAUCAUCAGACUAGCCACUGAGAUCCACAACAAGUCAGGCAAGGACACAGGCUGUGUGCUGGCCAGCCUCAUACAGAAAGUGACUUAUAAGACCAAACGGGCUGUUUUCGACCUGCGGACCAUAGCAGAGGUAGAGGGGGCGGGAGUGAAGGCGGGGAAACACGCUGAGUGGCGGGAGCAAAUCAUCGUACCGCCCCUCCCCCAGUCUGGCCUGGCCGGCUGUAGCCUUAUAGAGAUCGAUUACUUCAUCCAGGUAUCACUAAAGUCCCCCGAGACAGUUGUCACUUUACCCAUCUACAUCGGGAACAUCGCUGUCAACUUGAUCCCGUCACGAUCUAUGCCCUCAACUCCAGCCCCAACAACCAUCCGCCCCAACCCCGGCCCAGAAGGGGUUACCCCGAGCGCGCCCCCGGCUGAGGAGGACUUGGAGGAGGUGUUGGGUGCAGGGGGUUCAGUCAGCGAGGAGAUCCCCACAAAGAGUCACUCCCAGCAGGACCAAUCCGGCCAGCCCCCCACCAUGUCCCCCAGUGCAUUCAGCUACGCUCCCGGUGUAGAUUCCCCCCCCAGCCAGCGACGUGCCAAUGACACCUCAACACCUCUGUUCUGUGUGUCAACUGGGGCCACCAUCCCCUUCUUCACAGAAGGAAACGCCACCCCAGUACCCACGUCCUGUCCUCUCAUACUCCCCCCUGAGUACAGCACCUGGGACUUCACACAUGAACCCCCUCCCACAUAUGAGGAGAGCUGCAGCAGUAACAACUCCAGCUUCAACAACAGAAGAUCGCAGGAGUGAGGACUGAGCAUAAUGCAGCUCACAACCACAAUUACACUCCCUAAAGGACCAAUAGGAUACUGCAACCCUUUCUCCAAGUGCAUAGAACUUGCUCUCCUCCUAAAUAUUACUUUAACAAUAUAUUUUUUAAAGGGAUCAUAUCAGAUUUUGUAUUAUAGUUUAUACCCCCUUCUCCCUGACUUAAAGGACCUGCUGUUAUAUAGAUGGAAUGAGAGUGCAAAUUCCCUGUGCAUAACAGGAGGACUUCAGAGAUAACUUAUAGAAGGUAGGAUAUUCCAUAAUUGGAGUCUAUUGGAGACUAAACGUAGUGGGUAAUACAAAUUGUGAAUAUUCUUGCAUUGUUGACUUGAAAUUGUUGUAGGCCUGCUACUAUAUCUCCUUUUUCAUCCUUCAAACACAACCAAAAUCUGGUCUUUAUUGUAGUUUCCUUCCAUAUGUGCACACUACUGUAAUUCCGAUCCACUUCCACCGCAGUGGCUCCCUCUUUUGAUGAGUGGAGUAGGGGUGGCCAAGCUGGACAUGAGGUUCUUAGCAUGUCUACCCCCUGGUGGCCAUCAACGGAAGAGAAUGGAGCCUAUUGGAAAAGCUUCAGAUCUUCACUUAAGUUCAAUGAUGCCUGCUGACGAAGAACAUACUCCAUCAACCUGUGAUCUACUGACAAGGAGCUUCUGGAAUGUGCAUCUUAUCUUGUCACACCUCGUCAUCCUGAAACAGACAAGCAGGACAUUGUACUCUUGGGUAUGCAGGGGAACUGACGUAGCAAGGGUUGAUAUGCGUUUAUGACAUCUGAUGCAAACACCAACUUUUCUUUCACCUUCUUUACCCUGAAUUAAUGGAGAUGAUCUGUUGAUUUUCCCCAUGUGGCCUUAACUCAGUCUGUUCUAACUACAUUACUAUGUGCUGAUGAAGACAGUUGUCUUCAGGGUUGCUGUUGCUUUUGAAAUGGCAGUCCAUGCUGAUCAAAUGUGUUGGUGUGACAACCAACAGUGUUAAAUGUUCAAGCACAAGACAGCACUUUUUGACAGUUUGAAAACUGUGCAUGUAUCUGUUUUUGUGUGUGAAUGAGUAUAUAGUGUACCAGUUUGUGUGUGAAUGGGUAUAUAGUGUACCAGUUUGUGUGUGAAUGGGUAUAUAGUGUACCAGUUUGUGUGUGAAUGGGUAUAUAGUGUACCAGUUUGUGUGUGAAUGGGUAUAUAGUGUACCAGUUUGUGUAUGUGAAUGGGGAUAUAGUGUACCAGUUUAUGUGUGAAUGGGUAUAUAGUGUACCAGUUUAUGUGUGAAUGGGUAUAUAGUGUACCAGUUUGUGUGUGAAUGGGGAUAUAGUGUACCAGUUUGUGUGUGAAUGGGGAUAUAGUGUACCAGUUUGUGUGUGAAUGGGUAUAUAGUGUACCAGUUUGUGUGUGAAUGGGGAUAUAGUGUACCAGUUUGUGUGUGAAUGGGUAUAUAGUGUACCAGUUUGUGUGUGAAUGGGUAUAUAGUGUACCAGUUUGUGUGUGAAUGGGUAUAUAGUGUACCAGUUUGUGUGUGAAUGGGUAUAUAGUGUACCAGUUUGUGUGUGAAUGGGUAUAUAGUGUACCAGUUUGUGUGUGAAUGUGUAUAAAGUGUACCAGUUUGUGUGUGGCUGAUCGCCCCUCCUGUCUUUGAUAGUUGAUAGCGUUGGACAUCUCAAUUUGAAAGCCAAACAUCAGGCAACAUCAUCCACUCUGUUUGUAUGAGUGUUUGUUUUGUAUGUCUGUCUUGUUUCUGUCUCAAUUACGGCAUCCGUUUUUAUUUAUAAGCCAACCUCAUUGUGGCUUAUGUAUUCACAGAGUUGUAUGAAACAACCUUUAGCACCUUCUGUGGGAAUACAUGUACCGCCAUCCCUCCUCAAAAGGUAGCCUAUAUAGUACAGUCACAGCCUUUAAUACCAGAAAAUAGAUUGCAGAUGGUAUUGGGAAUUGAUCUGUGGUUCAGACCACCGCUCUAUACUCAUUUUUUAUUUGUAUUUUACCAUUAUUUAACUAGGCAAGUCAGUUAAGAACAAAUUCUUAUUUUUAAUAAGGUAUCAGCUCUGAAAGAACCAUAGAAAUGACACCUGUAUUUGCCAUGUGCUAUUCCGUUAUCUCCAAGAUUGCUACGGCAGCUUGGUUCUCGACUCAUUUCAGGCUGCCUUUAUCAAUCCUGCUCCAUUGUUUGUAUUUCUCUUCACGAAAGUACUAUAGCUUUAUAAACUCCGACAUGUUUUUCAUUGUCCAUUCUUUUCCCCUCACAAAUGGGUGUGUGUUUUUGUAUUUUUCUAUUUGUAAACAGUUUUCUGGUGCAUAUGGUAGCCAUUUGAGAGAGAGAAAAUAUUCUGGAAAAUAGUAGCAUCCUGGUUAAUCAAUGUAAUAUUUCAACUUGUCCAAAUUGUACAGUGUACCAAUAAAAUUAUCUGUCAUAUCAUUUGUA